AUGUCAACCCGUGUGUAUAUUGGACGUCUCGCUCGUGACGCUAGGGACCGUGAUCUUGAACGUCUCUUCAAGAGCUAUGGUGAGAUCCGUGAGAUCAACAUCAAAAGUGGCUAUGGCUUUGUCGAAUUCAAGGAUCCCAGAGAUGCUGAAGAUGUCGUGUACGAUUUCCACGGCAAGGAGUUCCUUGGCGAAAGAAUCAUUGUGGAAAUGGCACGUGGUGCUCGUCGUGGUCGUGAGGAUCGUCGUCGUGUGGAUCGUCGCUCUGACUACAGGCUCACUGUGGAGAACAUUCCUUCUGGAACCAGCUGGCAGGAUCUCAAGGACCUCAUGCGCAAGGCUGGUGAAGUAACUUUUGCUGAUGUCAUUCGCAGUCGUCCAGGUGAAGGUGUUGUGGAAUUUGCUCAUCGCUCGGAUAUGGAAUAUGCUUUGAAAAAGUUGGAUGAUAGUGAAUUGAAUGGACAACGUGUGCGCUUGUUUGAGGAUACAAGCCGUCGUCGUCGUGGUGGUAGCCGUAGCCGCUCAGCAUCUCGUAGCCGUUCACCACCUCGUCGUUCUCGUCGUCGUUCUUAUUCAAGAUCUCGUUCCCCUCCUCGUCGUAAUCGUCGCCGUAGUGAUAGCCGUCGUCGUGAUGAUGAUCGUUCCAAGAGCCCAGAACGCAAAGAACGCCGUCGUGAUGAUUCACGUUCCCCAAGCCCUCGUCGUGCAAGUGCUUCUCCUCGUCGUAGCCCUGAAAAUGAUCGCUCGCGUUCUCCUGCUAGAUCCCGAAGCCCUGUUGCUGCUGAGAACAAUGAGUGA